AUGAAUACAGUCUUUUUAGCUGAGAUAUUGUCAGCAAUUAUUUUCUUUGCCUCACUGCUCUACAAAAGAUGGAUCUUGAGAGGUCCUAAAAGAAUUAUUCCAGUUGAUUGGCCAGUUGUUGGUAUGUCAAUAUCGCUAUUUCAAAAUAGAAAUCGCAUCCACGAAUAUCUGACAGACAUUUUAAGAAAUACUGAUGGCACAUUCCACAUCAAAGGCCCUUGGUUUUCUAACAUGGAUCUUUUCACGACCUGCGAUCUUACUAAUACACACUACAUGUUGAGCAAAAAUUUCACCAAUUACCCAAAGGGUCGUGAUUACGCCAGAAUCUUUGAUGUUUUGGGUGAAGGUAUUUUCAAUGUCGAUCACAAAGCAUGGGAAGAUCAGAGAAAGACUGUUCAAUUUUUACUUGGUCAUCGCAAUUUUCAUCCGUUUGUGCAGGAUACUACCUGGAAAAAAGUGGCCAGUGGCCUACUUCCAGUUCUUGACAAUGUCUUGGAGAAAAGAAAUGAGGUGGAUUUACAACAAGUUUUCCAGCGUUUCACGUUUGAUGCAACCAGCAUUCUUGUCUUGGGCCAUGAUCCUGCUACUCUUACAGUGGAUUUUCCAGAUGUUCCAUAUGAGAAGGCCUUUGGCGAAGCAGAACAAGCAGUGCUAUAUCGGCACAUCCUGCCUGAAUUCUUUUGGAAAUUUCAGAAGUGGCUUCGAAUAGGAAAAGAAAAGAAACUUGCUGAUGCUGCUCUGGCCAUUGACAAUUUUAUACUCCACUGUGUCACAUUGAAGAAUGAGGAACUGCAAAGAAUGGAAAAAGGCGGUGAAUGCCUGGAUAAUCACCAUGACUUGUUGACAAGCUACAUUAUGGACCUGGAUGAAAAUGCAAGUGUGUUCGACAAGAGUUUGAGAGAUAAGGUACUAAGUUUAUUGUUUGCAGGUAGAGACACAGUGAGUGCUGCUCUUACUUGGCUCUUCUGGCUCAUUGCAACCAACCCUUUCGAAGAAUACAAAAUCCACAGAGAAGUUUCAACACUUCUGAACAAGAAAGGAGAGGGAAACUGGAGAAUUCUUGAUAAGGAGGAGCUGAAGUCAAUGGUUUAUCUGCACGGAGCUAUAUGUGAGGCCUUACGCCUGUAUCCUCCAGUUCCUCUCCAGCACAAAGGUCCAGUUCAAUCCGAUGUCCUCCCAAGUGGCCAUCGCCUUAAGAAGCACACAAAAUCAGUCCUUUCCUUCUACUCAAUGGGGAGAAUGGAGUCCAUAUGGGGAAAAGAUUGCUUAGAUUUCAAGCCCGAAAGAUGGAUUACAGAAAAAGGAGGGAUCAGACAUGAGCCAGCUUAUAAGUUCAGUGCCUUCAAUGCAGGGCCUAGGUCAUGCUUAGGCAAAGAAAUGACAUUCAUGCAAAUGAAAAUUGUGGCAGCCUCCAUUAUGUUUCAUUACAAGAUUCAGCUAGUAGAAGGCCAAUCCAUUUGUCCUAGUGAUUCAGUCAUACUUCACAUGCUGAAUGGAUUGAGAGUCAGAGUUACCAGACGAUCUGCAACGUAA